UAAUAAUUUGAUAAAUAUGAAUUAUCUAGUUUUUUUAUAAACAAGUAUUUGAGUACCCUGUGUUUUAGUAAGGAAGUUAUUAAACAUUUUAAAAAAAAUGUUGACAUUUAUUUUUCAUUAUGAAGUAUCAGCUUAUAAAAUGUUAAUUUUUCUGUCUAGAAUAAAAUUAGACAUCAACCAGUUUAAAAUAAUAUUCAAUUCUUUAAAUUUUGAUUUCAGAACAAAAAUGGAUUUUCACCUGAACAAUAUAAACACUAGAAUACCAUCGGAGGCAAACAUCCAAACCCAUCUGUUUAUCAAGGGAAACCAGACCUUCCUGAAGCUGAUGAAAUUAAAUGAUAAGAAAGAGAAGGCUAUCCCUAUCCUUUCUUUUAGUCCGCUAGUUUUUGUUCUAAUCUUCAAGAAAGAGUUUAAAAUUAAGAUACUGUUAGUCGCCUACAACGAGGAGGUUCUUGAAGAGGUUGAGGCGGAGGUUGUAGAGAGGACCGGGAUAGAUGUUAGUCUGGUCGAUCAUAUACUCUUUAUACUAAACAGGGAAUAUUCUCCGUGUGUUGGGUUCCAGGAUGAACAGGAAGUGAAUCCUGAUCUUACAAAUAUUCUUUUAGAAAAAUACAGGGAUCAACUUUACCUUCGGAGUCGACACUGUUCUAGGGUUCUGAUUCAAGAAGAUCAAAAUAUUUGUUCAGAGUGCCGUGAAGAACUUCAUAAUACCAGAACACAAGAGUUCAAUACAAGACAACAGAAGUUCAAUUCCAGACCACAGGAGUUCAAUACCAGACCACAAGAGUUCAAUGCCAGACCACAGGAGUUUAAUACCAGAACACAAGAUACUGAUACCAGACAUUCAAGUAUUAUUGAAGUAUCAGAAUCUAUCAAAGAAGAAAAAAGAGAAAACAGAUUUGAAAGUACCCUGCAUAUAGAAAAUAUCCGACCUAACCAGAAAUUAAACUUUCAAAAAAGUUCUAGAUUAGAUUGUCAAGAUGGUGAUCAUAUAACGCUAGAGGAAACAGAUGUUAAUACUAAUUCAGAGGUUUGGGAGGAUCAAGAAUAUUCUAAAGGUAAGUCAAAAAGAAUAUCAAGAUCAAAACUUCUCUCUGAAAACAACUCAGACCUGGAUAAUCAGAAACAGUUUGAUUUAACAUGUGAUAUUGAUGGCUGCCAGAUGAAGCUGCGCAAGGAAUCUCAACUUGCCGCGCAUGUUUACAAAAUUCACCCUGAUACCCAGCAUCCGAUCCGUGAUGCUUAUCUAAAAUGCCCCAACGAAGGAUGCUUUAAGGUGUUUCCAGUCCGAAGAUUGGUCACUCUGAACAACCAUGCCAAGAUUUGCCCAAAUCUCAUGAUAAAAUCUGCGAAGGAGUGUUCAAUAUGUCUGAAAACAUUUUCUAGUGUGCACAAUCUUAAAAAACACAUUUCAGGUGUUCAUUCUGCUCCAACCCUUCCUUGUCAUAUUUGUGGAGCUCUGCUGAAGGGAGAGAAACCACUGAGAGCUCAUAUUAAAUUAGUUCACGGUGAGACUCGGUUCUUCUGUCCUGAACCCGGGUGUGGAGUUGCAGCCAAGAACAAGGAUCAUAUCAAGGAUCAUGUUGCUGCGGUACAUCAACUCCAACCCAGAGAAAGUACGAGGUCCAUCAAAGGGUUCAUACAGGAGAAAAGCCCUACGCAUGCCCAAUCUGUUGCUCCGAGCAAUGAGUGUCCCAGGACGGAGACAAAGCUUGAGAUGAGACCGGGAGGUUUAAAUGAGUUUGGUGAAGAGUAUUUAGGAUUUAACAUUACUUGUAAACAGAUUUCAACAUUUAAACUCGAGGAGGAUCAAACCCAACCUAAGAUGCAAUAA